UGGUUGUGAGCUGCAGUAUUUAAUAACUAUUCAGCAACCAGUGUUUCUCCUGCCCAAUCACGAGUUUCCUUUGAUUUUUGUUUCUUUGGGAAGAAGAUUGGGGACUUAUUCUUACUUUAAUUGAUGUCUUUUGUGCAAGAGUGAAGAGUCGAGUGCGAAUCACUUACUUUCGCAUUGUAGCUAGUUGAGAAAGAUUUGGACUAUGGUCUUUGCAAUUUAGGAGUACAAUGGUUGACCUCAGGCAUGAUGCAGCAUGAAAUUUGUACAUGGAGCGAGUAUCAGUUUGCGUGAUAGAAAGGAGCUGAUUGCUAUGAUGAUUCUUCGCCUUGUUUUUUUAUUUAUUUUUUUUGUUCGUUCGGGGAGAAGGAAUAAUAGAGCAUUUCAAGGAGUUCAAUCUUCUUGGAAUUUUGAUGGUGCGAUAAAACCCGGACAAGGUAUUCCCAUAGUAGUCGGAAGAUGGACCUAGAACUGGACUAGAUAUUACAUUAACAUACCUCAUAUCAGGUUCUCUAAACAUCACUAUGUGUCGGGUAUGCUCUUCCAUAAAUCAAACUAAUAGUUAAUUGCUCUUGAUUCCUGGCAGGUUAACGGCAUCAAAGGUGAUCAUCCAUCCAUUUUUUUGAGAUCUAGAUACGAGGAUGGACUUUUUGUCUGAACUCUACAAUUACAUAUGCACUGCAAACCAAAAUUGUCAAAAGACCAUAUUUCUUUCCGAAUUGAAAGGCAAGAAGAGAUUGAUCUUUGACUCUCAGAGUUGGGAUGUGCGGAUAGAUUCUCAUAUUUUGCCUUUGCUAUUACCUCGAGAUGUGCAUUAUAACUAUGAAAAUGUUGUGGACUUAUUGCAAAUGGUGAGGAACCAGUGGGCUGACAAGGAUAAGGUUUCAACGGCCAUGCAGGCAUUGCCCAAUCCACCUUCCGAGCGUUUGGAGUUAUACUUCACCACGAAAUUUCCUCGUCUCUUGCUGACAACAUAUGAUGUGACUCUAAAGCACUUAGAAGGAGAGCAAUCCUUUAAGAGGUUCUUUGAAACAAAUUACCGUUGAUCCUUUGG